AUGUCACUGUCUGUGCGCCCGCAGCGCCGAGUCCUCGUCACCAAGAUCAAUAGGAGCCAGUCCUUCGCUGGAGUGAACUCAACGGCCGACCGGCCCUUCAGGAACCUUUCGCCCUUCACCCCCACCGUCUCCCGCAAGACUGGCUCCAGGGUCAGUAGGAUGUUCUCAAUGUCCCACAAAUCCCCACCACCCAAGGUGCCUCAGCCCAACCGCCUGGACGAGGUGUACGAAGCUCUCAAGAAGGGCCUGACCCCUGGCUGGGUGCUGCAUGUCCCCGCCGACGUGCUAUGGGUGGUGGAAUGCGAUGUGCUGGGUCUCCUUGGGUGGGCAGAGCUGGCUUUGUGCUGCGUCUUAUCCCUCUCCUCUCUCCUCCAGGGCUUUCUCUACGAUCUGGAUAAGAUAGAUGAUCUCUACGAGGCUUAUUGCAUCCAGCGGCGGCUCCGCGAUGGAGCCCACAACAUGGUCAAGGCUUACAGCACGGGCUCGCCGGGCAGCCGGGAGGCACGCGAGAGCCUGGCUGAGGCCAGCAAGGGCUACAAGGAGUACACGGAGAACAUGUGUCUGUUGGAGAACGAGCUGGAGAGCCAGCUGGGCGAGUUCCACGUCCGGAUGAAAGGACUGGCAGGCUUUGCCCGGCUCUGUGCUGGUGACCAGUAUGAGAUCUUCAUGAAGUACGGACGGCAGCGGUGGAAGCUGCGGGGGCGCAUCGAGGUGAACAGCAAGCAGGUGUGGGACAGCGAGGAAAUGGUUUUCUUGCCCCUUGUCACCGAGUUCCUCUCCAUCAAGGUGACAGAGCUAAAGAGCCUGGCCAACCAUGUUGUGGUGGGCAAUGUGUCCUGCGAGACCAAGGACCUCUUUGCGGCUCUGCCCCAGGUAGUGGCUGUGGAUAUCAACGACUUGGGCACCCUCAAACUCAGCCUGGAGGUGACCUGGAACCCCUUCGACAAGGAUGACCAGCCCUCUGCAGCCAGCACCGUCAACAAGGCCUCCACAGUGAACAAGAGGUUCUCCACCUACAACCAGAGCCCGCCUGACACGCCAUCCCUGCGGGAACAGGCUUUCUACCGUGGUUGGUCCUUGCUGGACAUCUUUCGGGAGACACUCUUCGAGAAGCUGUCUCAGAGCUGCUCCUGCAGCGACGUCUCCUCGGCCGAGCUCGGGAGAUGGCCGCAGCAGGGCCGC